UUCUCGCUAAGAAAUCAACUUUUGCUCCCUUUUCGGCCCUGUUCUCGGAUCAAGCCCGUCGGUGUCUGCCAUUUCUGCUUCUUACUGUUGGAGAAAAAAGAAGAAACAGUUUUUAAUGGGAGACCCAGACCACGAUUAAAGCACAUGAGCCCAAAGUGGGUCCCAACUAUGCACACGUGGAACUUUCUGUGGGACAUGCUAGAUAUCCGCCGAACCUAGUGACCAAACCGAAGUUGGAACUCCAGAACGCGGCAAAAGUGGGCACCAGACAAAGCUUUUUAACUUUUGAAAUGGUAUUCUCGUUAACCCCACUCCACUUCUCCUCGAACCUGAGUCCUGGAAUAUCGAAAACCUCUCAUCUUCUCCUUCUGCGACGACAUCUUUCAAGACCGAUCGAGAACAUGUCUUGGUCUUGCAAGAAAUGCACGUUCCUCAACUCCCCAUCUCAAAACGCUGCUUGCAAAAUCUGCCUUUCGCCUCCUUCUCCUUCGCCUUCACCGUCCUCACCUCCUAAAUGGCCAUGUAAAGCCUGCACUUUCUUGAACCUUUACAAGAACCCCAACUGCGAAAUCUGUGGCACAAGGGCUCCGGUGUCUUCCCUCUCUAGUUUCGAGGAUUUGAAAGAUACUAGUCUUGAUGGGGAGCUUGAUUCUUCUGUUGGGUCAGUUUUCUAUCCAUUGAAGCCUUGUAGUAAGAGGAAGAUCAGAUACCCGGAUGUGGGUAAUGAAGAUUGCCUUGAAUCGAGCAGCUUCCGAGGCAUUAAGGCGUCCAAUAAGGCUGUGGCUGUGGAGGAGGACAGUAAUUUAGGGGCAGUUGAGAGUUCAUUGAAGAUAUUGAGCUACAAUGUUUGGUUCCGGGAAGACCUGGAGGUGCACAAGAGGAUGAAAGCUAUUGGUGAUCUUAUUCAACUGCAUUCUCCAGAUCUCAUUUGUUUUCAGGAGGUUACCCCCAAUAUAUAUGACAUUUUUCGUCAGUCCAACUGGUGGAAUGUGUAUCGAUGCUCUGUCUCUGUUGACAUGGCAAAUUCAAGAGGAUACUUUUGUAUGCAGUUAAGCAAACGGCCUGUGAAAUCCUUCAGUUGUAAACCCUUUGGAAAUUCCGUAAUGGGGCGAGAGCUUUGCAUGACUGAGGUGGAAGUUUUUGGGGGUAAAUCACUGGUUGUUGCUACAAGCCAUCUUGAGAGUCCAUCCCCAGCCCCUCCAAAAUGGGAUCAAAUGUUCAGCAAGGAACGCAUAGAACAGGCCAAGGAGGCCAUCAACAUUCUCAAGAAUAACCCAAAUGUUAUUUUUGGGGGUGAUAUGAACUGGGAUGACAAACUAGAUGGUCAGUUUCCUUUACCCGAUGGAUGGAUUGAUGCCUGGAGAGAGUUAAGGUCUGCGGAAGAUGGAUGGACAUAUGAUACCAAAUCCAACCAGAUGUUGUCAGGCAAUCGCACAUUACAAAAGCGACUAGACAGAUUUGUAUGCAAUCUGAAUGAUUUUAAAGUAAGUGGAAUUGACAUGAUUGGAAUAGAGGCAUUACCUGGCCUAUCUUAUAUCAAGGAGAAGAACGUGAGAAAAGAGAAGAAGUUAUUGGAGCUUCCCGUUUUGCCAAGUGAUCAUUAUGGCCUGCUUUUAACAAUCUCUACUAAGUAAUGGCAAGGUGAAUGGUUCGCGUAAAGCUCGAUCUACUGUUUAUCAUUUCCAUCUGCACUUUCAAAGCAUACUUGCAUGCAGUUUUGUAUAAACCAGUAAUGGAAUGAUGCAAACAGAUAACAGCAUUUUGUUACCACUCUGUUUCACAUUUUGUAUAAAGCUACGUGGAUGGAAAUCAUAGGAUUUCAUAUUAUUACACUCUACUUGCUGGA